AUGGCGUACGAAGAAAAAUUGCGCACUCUCAUUGAAAAAAUUGCAAAAGAAAGGAGCUACGAUAAUUGCACUAUACUUACGCAGCCGAUCUCCAGCGGUGGUGCCAACUACUCCAGCUAUCUAUUCCUGGCUACAGUAUCAGCGCCAGGUAAAGAUGCGCUGCACAUGUUCGCGAAAAUCGCAGCCAUCGGAGAAGAAUUGAGAGCGUCCGUACCUACAGAAGCUUUCACUAUCGAACAUAGAUUCUACAUGGACCUGGUCAAGAAAUUCAGACAGAUAGAAGAUAAAUACAACAUUAAGGACGAAGACAAAUUGGUGACAGCUAAAUUCUAUGGAGCAUCAGGAGAAUACUUGUACGAAACGUUGGUGCUGGAGAACUUAAAAAUGCGAGGGUUCCAAUCGUUCGACCGAUUCCAAGCUAUCGACUGGCCGUAUGCUCGCUACAGCAUAAAGCAGCUGGCGCUCUUCCACGCCCUGUCCGUUGCUUUAGCGAAGGACGAUCUGGAAGGUUACAGAAACUUUAUGACGAAGCUGAUGCCCGUCUCAAAGGAAGUGAUGUCAGAAUUUAUAAAGAUAGACGUGGAUAAAACAUUGAGGAUUAUCAAAGAGGAGAAUAGAGAGCGAGUAGCCAAAUUCCUCGCGAAGCCUGAAAUGAGAGAGCCAAUGUUCCACCUCUUGAGUGCGGAGGGACCAGUGCUUGUUCACGGUGACUACAGACCUAGCAACAUGAUGCAUAAAGAACUCAGUGAUGGCACAACUCAGGUGAUCGUCCUGGACUACCAGACACUCCACGAAGGCAGUCCUGUCAUUGACCUCCUGUACUUCCUGUUCCUUAGCUUGGACAAGAAGUUCAGAGAUCAGCACUUGAGGCAAUCCUUUGACUACUAUUACGAAGAACUGAGUUCGGCUUUAAAAAGAUUCAACUUGGAUCCUGAAGAAGUAUACAGCAAGGAGACGUAUGAAGCGGAUCUUAAAAAGAACAUUCCCUACAUGCUCAGCUGUACCUUCUGCUUGCUGCUGGUGAUAACCAUCGAUGAAGCUGACGGCCAGAUCACGGAUAACCUGGACGUGCUGAAAAAGGACAUCAUCCCCAAUGAUCUCUACGUGGAGAGGAUCAACGACUGGGUGGAUGACUGUAUAGCUAUGGGUGUGCUGUGACACUGC